CUAUACAACUCUCUCUCUCCAUUCGUGUUAAUUUAAAUCUUCUCUUUGGGGGUAUUUAUCCGGGUACCCUUUAUGCUCGUCCGACUCCAAGAAAAGUAAACAUCCAAUAAUAUAACCAUAUACUUUCGAUGGGUGUGGACCCGUUAUCAUUGCUGAUGUUCUAUUGACGUACGUGGCAUGCAGCGAAGCAUUAUUCUUGAGUAGCUAUUGCAGCAUGUAAUUGUCAAGCCCUCCAGAGUAACUCUCUUGCGUUGCUUCAGCAUAAGCAUGUGUCCUAUAGAGAGACCAUUGAUUACAUCCAGAAUUUUACUAUUAUAAUUGAGGAAUAUCUCUGGGCUGAUGUGCGAUCGAGGCAAUUCUAAAUUUAACCGUCACCAUUAGCAGCUGCGGAAAACAAACAUGAAAGACCCUAUGCAAACCAAGUGUAUCAUCCUCCUCUCCGUCGUGCUCAUCUUCAUCUCGGUCAUGAUCACAGUCGAAACACAACGCAAGGCCAACGCCCUCGUCGAGUUUAACGUCGAACUCCAGGAGAAGCUCGACGCCGUGGCCACCGACCGGGAGCUCAUCGGCGAGGAGCUCCAGAAGCUUGCCGAGAGGUUCAAGACCACCUCCGAGGCGAAGAGCAACAGUGAUGCGUUGCUGAGGAAGAAAGAGGACGAGGCGGCGCAAGUGAGGAAGGACUGUGACGGGGAGAAGCAGGGCGCCGAAAAGGCUUUGGCCGAAAAGGAGGGAAAACUUAAGGAGCUAACGACAGAGCUCGAAAGGAGAGUGGCUGAGAUUGAAGGCGUUAGAAGUGAAUUACAAAGCUCACUCGAUGAAGCAGGGGCAGCUAAAGAUGGACAGCAAAAAGCAGAAACCAGAGUUCAUGAAUUAAACAACCAAAAUUUCGAUUUGAGGCAUAAAGUUGAAAAGUUAAACGUAUAUUUAGAGAAGGCCCAGGCGAACCAGCAGCCACCACAAGCACAACAACCGCAACAAUCUCAAGCCCAGCAACAAGCACAACAGCAACAACAACAGCAACAACAGCAACAACCACAACAGCAGCAGCAGCAACAACAAAAUGAACAAGCUGCAGCUAUAGAACAGCAACAACCACAACAGCAGCAACAACAAGGUGAACAAGCUGCAGCUCAAGAACAGCAACAACCACAACAGCAGUAGCAGCGACAACAAGGUGAACAAGCUGCAGCUAUAGAACAGCAACAACCACAACAGCAGUAGCAGCAACAACAAGGUGAACAAGCUGCAGCUAUAGAACAGCAACAACCACAACAGCAGCAACAACAA